AUGGGAACACGGGCUGGGAGAGUUUUGUCAGUACUUCUUAUGACUUCACUGUAUGAUGUAAUAAUGGAUGGAGUUUAGAGAAACCGUUAUUUAUCUUCCAUCUUUCCUCUCUCUCCCUCUCCCUGCCUCUCUCUCAUAUCUGUCUCUCCUCUCCUCUCUGUAGGACGAGGAGGGCGAUCGCUGGUAUCUGGGCUGUAUCUGUGUUCUUACCAGCAGCGUCUGUAGGGGUGUUGGUGUGGUACCACUCUACUGGACCCUGCUCCCUGCACAUCUGCUCCCUGCCCCUCUUCCUGGUCCUCACCGUCAGCCAGUCCACUCCCAUGCAGGUGGCUCUCAGUCAAUCAAUCAAGCAAUCAAUCAACAAAGCAAUCGCAGUGGAGAUUACUGUGUAAACCAGGGGUAGGCAACCCUGGUCCUGGAGUGCUUCAUGUUUUUGAUUUAACUGACCUGGAAGACCAGGUGUGUUGAAUUUAGGCAAUCACUGAACCGAUCAAUUAGCUCAGUUGGUCUGGUGUGGUGCCUAGUUGGAACAAAAUCCUGCAGUACCUGCGGCAUCCCAGGAACAGGGUUGCCUACCCCUGAUGUAAAAGAGAGUGGAGUGUUGUAGAGAAUCGAAGGACCAUGAAUGUAAUAAGAAACCUUAAGGCCGGUAGCAAUCACUACAGAAUGUCCAGUCAGAACAAGGAUGAGGCGGGUGUUCAGGUUAAGGGGAGUUUAAUGGAAUAAGAUGUUCACAUCCACACAAAUCUGACCACUCAUGGUUCAGAUAACAUAUGUGGUUCUGAAAGGAAAACGGAGAAAGAAAAUGUAGACAAUAGCACUGCUAUAAUAUGAAUGCCAUGGCUGUAUAAGCUAGCACAGGUAAGUAUAUAACAGCAAGGGCUAUACACUACAGCAGGCAUAAGGCCUAGUCACAUGGCAAUAGACUACACAACCUAUUAGACUUGUACAGUUGUGGUCAAAAGUUUUGAGAAUGACACAAAUAUUAAUUUUCACAAAGUCUGCUGCCUCAGUUUUUAUGAUGGCAAUUUGCAUAUACUCCAGAAUGUUAUGAAGAGUGAUCAGAUGAAUUGCAAUUAAUUGCAAAGUCCCUCUUUGCCAUGAAAAUGAACUUAAUCCCCAAAAGACAUUUCCACUACAUUUCAGCCCUGCCACAAAAGGACCAGCUGACAUCAUGUCAGUGAUUCUCUCGUUAACACAGGUGAGAGUGUUGACGAGGACAAGGCUGGAGAUCACUCUGUCAUGCUGAUUGAGUUAGAAUAACAGACUGGACGCUUUAAAAGGAGGGUGGUGCUUGAAAUCAUUGUUCUUCCUCUGUUAACCAUGGUUACCUGCAAGGAAACACGUGCUGUCAUCAUUGCUUUGCACAAAAAGGGCUUCACAGGCAUGGAUAUUGCUGCUAGUAAGAUUGCACCUAAAUCAACCAUUUAUCGGAUCAUCAAGAACUUCAAGGAGAGAGGUUAAAUUGUUGUGAAGAAGGCUUCAGGGCGCCCAAGAAAGUCCAGCAAGCGCCAGGACCGUCUCCUAAAGUUGAUUCAGCUGCGGGAUCGGGGCACCACCAGUGCAGAGCUUGCUCAGGAAUGGCAGCAGGCAGGUGUGAGUGCAUCUGCACGCACAGUGAGGCGAAGACUUUUGGAGGAUGGCCUGGUGUCAAGAAGGGCAGCGAGGAAGCCACUUCUCUCCAGGAAAAACUUCAGAGACAGACUGAUAUUCUGCAAAAGUUACAGGGAUUGGACUGCUAAGGACUGGGAUAAAAUAGUUUUCUCUGAUGAAUCCCCUUUCCGAUUGUUUGGGGCAUCCGGGAAAAAGCUUGUCCGGAGAAGACAAGGUGAGCACUACCAUCAGUCCUGUGUCAUAACAACAGUAAAGCAUCCUGAGACCAUUCAUGUGUGGGGUUGCUUCUCAGCCAAGGGAGUGGGCUCACUCACAAUUUUUCCUAAGAACACAGCCAUGAAUAAAGAAUGGUACCAACACAUCCUCAGAGAGCAACUUCUCCCAACCAUCCAAGAACAGUUUGGUGACGAACAAUGCCUUUUCCAGCAUGAUGGAGCAACUUGCCAUAAUGCAAAAGUGAUAACUAAGUGGCUCGGGGAACAAAACAUCGAAAUUGUUGGUCCAUGGCCAGGAAACUCCCCAGACCUUAAUCCCAUUGAGAACUUGUGGUCAAUCCUCAAGAGGCGGGUGGACAAACAAAAACCCACAAAUUAUGAAAAACUCCAAGCAUUGAUUAUGCAAGAAUGGGCUGCCAUCAGUCAGGAUGUGGCCCAGAAGUUAAUUGACAGCAUGCCAGGUCGGAUUGCAGAGGUCUUGAAAAAUAAGGUUAAACACCGCAAAUAUUGACUCGUUGCAUAAACUUAAUGGAAUUAUCAAUAAUGCCUUUGACACUUAUGGAAUGCUUGUAAUUAUACUUUAGUAUACCAUAGUAACAUCUGACAAAAAUAUCUAAACACUGAAGCAGCAAACUUUGUGAAGAUCAAUACUUGUGUCAUUCUCAAAACUUUUGACCACGGCUGUACACAUGAAACUCAGGCAAAUGUGCUCAAAUAAACAUUACAGUAAUGUUGAAAUGUAUACAUAAUAUAAAUACAAUGAGCAUGAGUGAUAUAUUGAAUAGAAAAUAGCCUGGCACCAUAAAUGAGAAAUGCUAAUAAACGGCUAAUCGCUAACAGUCAUGCUAAAAUGCUCAUGCAUUCCAACGCAAAAUGCUAACGGUAGUGCUAACGCUAUCAGGAGCGCGAGCUAGCUAACAAGCUCAACACACGGUAAUUAUAGACCACAAAACUUAGCUCCACAUAAUAUGACACAGGUCUCAAGGCAUUUACGUUUAGAUGCACGCUCAAUUAAACAUCAGACAUACAGGGAUUCAGUCCACAGGAGGAAAAGUUCACCAGGAGGGCAAACUGUGGAAAUUAUCAUCAGGAUUGGGAAAGCACGUUUCUGGCCACACAGCGUGCUGGGUCAUAGACUAACUGAAACCGAAGCCCCGGGAAUCAAGGCCACUGAUAGGCUGAACGAGAUGUGGUGAUAAUUAUUUGUCGUGACAUUAACCAAUAAGACAAUAACAAAAGUGGGGGUCCUUUGAAUGGGAGACUAAGCUGCCUGACUAGAACUAAUCAAGGGAUGGCUAGAAUCAGCUGACUGCAGCUGGCCGUUUUAACACCUGAUGUAAACCUAAACAAUAAUUACAUUCUAGAGUGAGAAGGUUUAUGUAUAUUACAAUUUUAUUACUUUGGUAUAAUAUCUACUUUAUGUAUUGUAAAGUGAAACCAAUAUCUGUUUUUGCACACUAUUGGAUUCUUUUUCAGUACAUUACAUUGUCAUUCUCAGGUGUCCAUGCUGCUGACAGUAACAGGCAUCCUCCUCAUCCUGCUCCUGGUCUUCUCUGGCUAUGUCGUUCUGUACUAUCGCACCCGCAUGUCUGGCGUGUGGAGAGGAGAACGCUCCUCCCGGGCCAAAGGCACAUUCCUCAUCCACUACCUCCACCUCUUCCUGUCCUUCCUGCCCAUGUUGGUGCUUCUCAUCAAGCUACUGCUCUACUGCCACCUUGAUGCCCUGGACCUGCGUGCCAACCUGUGGGUGUCCCUGGUGGUGUGUAACAUCCUCCUGGUGCUCCCCAAGGCCCUGGCUCCCUACCUUUACGGCUUCAGGUACAGAGACCUGUGUGAGGCCCUGUUGGCCUUUUAUGGGCUGAAGCGGCCCACCGCCAUCUCGCCUGUCAUGUGA